AUGUCCGGCUCGACAAACGGCGCAGCGCGCCAGAUCCCCGUGAACCUGUUCACCAGGUCAGACAAGUACGCGAUCCCGCAGUCGACGUAUUUCAUCCCGGCCGACUGGCGGCGCUUCCAGCUCUCCGAGCUCAUCAACAAGGUCCUCGGGCAUGGCGCCGAGAGCGGGCUCGCGCCGGUCCCGUUCGACUUUGUCGUCGACGGCGAGGUGCUCCGCUCGUCGCUCGACGCGUGGGUCAAGAAGCACCGCGGGGACGACGAGGAGACGGCCAUCAACGUCGAGUACCUCCAGUCUGUGCUCCCCCCGUCUGAGGUCGGACGGUGGGAGCAGGACGACUGGGUCAGCGGGCUGAGCCUUGCGCGGCCUGGACACCUGCUCGUCUCGUCGUACCUCUCCAACGUGCAGGUCACCUCCCUCUCCUCCUCGUCGCCGCUGUACACGCUCCCCCUGCCCACCUCGCUCGGCGCGACCUCAACAACGUGGGUCUCGCCCGCGUCCAGCACGUCCGACAUCCUCGUCGCGGCCGGCGGCGUGGACCGCGCGACUCACGUCUUCUCGCUGCCCUCGCUCGACCCCGACGUGGCGGCAAGCGAGGGCGCGACCGCGCGCGAGGUGUACACGCUCAUGGGGCACACUGGGCCCAUCAGCUCGGUCGCGGCCAGCAGCGGUCGCGACAUCCUCUCGGCAAGCUGGGACGGCCUGCUCCACCUCUAUGUCCUGCCGGCCGCCGAGCCAGAGGAGCACCAGGUGCCUGCCGAGCCGACAAGCUACCUCCCCGGCCAGAAGAAGCGGCGCAAGCUCGAGGGCGACGCGCCGCGGAUCAUCGAGGGGCUGACGGACGGAGACGUCGGCGAGGGCGGAUGGCGCUGCGUGCCCGACCUCGUCUUCCGCGGACACCAUGGUCGCGUGGGCGCGGGCAUCUUUGAUCGCGAGGACGCGGGACGUGUCUGGUCGGCUGGGUGGGACGGCUCGGUGCGCGGGUGGGAUGCUGAGAGCGGCGCUGGUGUCAUCGUGCGCCAAGGACCCUCCGACAAGGCCCUCCUCUGCCUCGACCAGUUCGCGCAGACUGCCACCCUCGCGGCCGGAUCAAUGGACCGCACCGUCACGCUGUGGGACACGCGCCAGGCGACGUCGCUGAUCGCCGCGACGUUCAACCUCGUCUCGCCCGUGCCCUCGAUCGCCUGCCACCCCACCUCGCCAUUCACGUUCGCCGCCGCGACAUAUGCGGGCAACGUGCAGAUCUGGGACGUGCGUUCCCCCAAGCAUGCGCUGUUUAGCGUCAAGCGCACGCCCAAGGACGGCGAGCGCACCGAGACCAAGAGCGGCAAGAGCCUCGGCGAGCGGCUGCUCGCGGUCGCUUGGGACGGCGAGGUGCUCGCUGCCGGUGGCGAGGACGGCGAGGUGGGCACGUGGCGCGCACGGGGGGAGUAG